GUCCAAUCGGAGUUCAGAUCAGCUCCCUCCUCUCCCAACAGCCCCAUCUCCCUCCCUCUCUCUCUCUCUUUCUCCCUCCUUCUCUCUCUCUUUUCUUAGUUGCAAAAAAAAUGCUCUGCAGCUGGGUUGCACCUCAAUGAAUGAAUUGGUGCACUGUGAGCGACCGUCAUCUCUCCACUGGAUUUCCAUUGCACCCGGCUUCCAUCCAGAACAUAUGAAUCUGCUUAGACAGAGCCCUUUGAGGAGUUGAACAGAUAGGUCGGGGAAAAUGGCACAACGCGUGGUUUUCUUCCUCCUGUGGCUCUUGGACCGCUCAUUCGCAGGAUUUCCCAAUCAGAUUAAUAUCGGGGGACUGUUCAUGCGUUCCACGGUGCAGGAGCACAGCGCGUUCAGGUUCGCUGUCCAACUCUACAACACCAACCAAAACACCACUGAAAAGCCUUUCCACCUUAACUACAAUGUCGACAACCUCGAGUCGUCCAACAGCUUCUCAGUCACCCAUGCAUUUUGCUCUCAGUUCUCCCGCGGGGUGUACGCCAUCUUCGGAUUCUACGACAAGAAGUCCAUGAACACCUUGACCUCGUUCUGCGGCGCUCUGCACACCUCCUUUGUCACACCCAGUUACCCCACCGAUAAUGAGGUGCAGUUUGUCAUCCAGAUGCGGCCCGCCCUCCGGGGUGCUGUCCUCAGCCUGCUCUCCCACUACAAAUGGCAGAAGUUUGUCUACCUCUACGACACCGACCGAGGUUUCUCUAUACUGCAGGCCAUUAUGGAGGCAGCAGUGGCUAACAACUGGCAGGUGACCGCUCGCUCUGUUAGCAGCACAACAGACGCCGCAGAGUUCAAGCGCAUCAUUGAGGAGAUGGACAGGAGGCAGGAGAAGCAAUACGUGAUUGACUGCGAGGUGGACAGGAUCAACACAAUAUUAGAGCAGGUUGUGACCCUGGGGAAGAACAGCCGUGGUUACCACUACAUUCUGGCCAAUCUGGGAUUUUCCAAUGUGAGCCUGGACAAAGUCUUCGCUGGGGGAGCCAACAUUUCAGGGUUUCAGAUAGUCAACCCUGAGAAUCCGAUUGUGCAGCAGUUUAUGCAGCGCUGGGAGCGACUAGAUGAAAGAGAAUUCCCAGAAGCCCGAAACGCUCCUCUGAAGUACACUUCAGCUCUGACCCACGACGCCAUCCUGGUGAUCGCAGAGGCCUUCAGGUACCUGCGGCGUCAACGUGUGGAUGUCUCUCGCCGAGGCAGCGCUGGAGACUGUCUAGCCAAUCCCGCCGUACCUUGGAGCCAAGGCAUCGACAUCGAGAGAGCUCUCAAAACGGUCCAAGUGCUGGGCAUGACCGGGAACAUCCAGUUUGACAACUACGGCCGCAGGACCAAUUACACCAUAGAUGUUUAUGAGAUGAAAACAGGUGGGCCGAGGAAGAUCGGGUACUGGAACGAGUACUCGCGAUUUGUAAAUAUUAUGGACCCGCAGGUCUCCAACGACUCCUCAGUGGAAAACCGAACGAUUGUGGUCACUACUAUUAUGGAAGCUCCUUAUGUGAUGUACAAGAAAAAUUAUAUGCAUCUGGAGGGGAAUGACAGAUAUGAAGGCUACUGCGUCGAUUUAGCAACUGAGAUUGCCAAACAUGUUGGAAUUAAGUACAAACUGUCUAUAGUAAUGGAUGGAAAGUACGGAGCCCGAGACCCUGAGACCAAGGCGUGGAACGGGAUGGUGGGUGAACUGGUCUAUGGGAGAGCAGAUAUAGCCGUUGCACCUCUCACCAUUACUCUGGUUCGAGAGGAGGUGAUAGACUUUUCCAAGCCAUUUAUGAGCUUGGGCAUCUCCAUUAUGAUAAAGAAGCCGCAAAAGUCCAAGCCUGGUGUUUUCUCCUUCCUGGACCCGCUGGCCUAUGAAAUCUGGAUGUGUAUAGUGUUUGCCUAUAUUGGGGUGAGCGUGGUACUGUUCCUGGUCAGUCGGUUCAGUCCUUAUGAGUGGAACCUCGAGGAACAGGAUGAGACCAAAGACCCCCAGACUCCCCCUGAUCCUCCCAAUGACUUUGGCAUCUUCAAUUCCCUCUGGUUCUCUCUGGGCGCCUUCAUGCAGCAAGGCUGUGACAUCUCCCCCAGGUCUUUGUCAGGCCGAAUCGUCGGUGGUGUGUGGUGGUUCUUCACCCUCAUCAUCAUCUCCUCCUACACAGCCAACCUGGCUGCCUUCCUGACUGUGGAAAGAAUGGUCUCUCCUAUAGAAAGUGCCGAAGAUCUGGCCAAGCAGACAGAGAUAGCAUACGGCACGCUGGACUCAGGCUCCACAAAAGAGUUCUUUAGGCGAUCCAAAAUAGCAGUGUAUGAGAAGAUGUGGUCAUACAUGAAAUCCGCUGAACCCUCAGUGUUUGUUAAGACCACACCCGAUGGCGUAGCCCGGGUACGAAAGUCGAAGGGCAAGUUCGCCUUUCUCCUCGAGUCCACCAUGAACGAGUACAUCGAGCAGCGGAAGCCGUGCGACACCAUGAAAGUGGGAGGGAACCUCGACUCGAAAGGCUACGGUGUGGCGACGCCCAAAGGCUCAGCAUUAAGAAAUGCUGUUAACCUGGCAGUUUUAAAACUGAAUGAGCAAGGCCUCUUGGACAAAUUGAAAAACAAAUGGUGGUACGACAAGGGAGAGUGCGGCAGCGGGGGAGGUGACUCCAAGGUCAGCCUCGAUGUCACCACAAUCGGGUACCAUAGUGCAGAGUAAUCGGCAAGGCUGUUACGACUACCCAACCAUAACCAAACCAACUGUCCGCCCCAACCAACCUGCUGCUGCCCCGAGGCAGAUUACCAAAUUUAUUAAAUGUUUGACCAGAGGGUUUAACAGCUCAGAUCAAACUCCGGAGCUCUUGCUUAUCCAACAAGAAAAAAAGUACUUGUAGAAAUUAACGGACACAAAAACAGUACAAAUGAGAGUCAGGAUAGAAGUUUUCUUUCUGUUUGACAACAUCUCAAUAAAACAUACCAGCUAAAUUUGCCUGCCCUGCAGUUGUGCGAGGUUGAGCUGCUUACAGACACUUACACAUGUGCAGGGCAGAUCACGUAGAUAUUAAAGUUUUAUCAAGCCAGCUGAUGAAAUCUCGCAGGUGUAAUUCAUAAAGAGAGUUUGUCGGUGACAUUGCACUGAAAAGGCCAAAACCUCCAGACUUCUAUUAUGAAGGUGAGGCUUGCUAAUCCUUUAAAAUAUGGCUUUGCAGUACUUCACCGCACAGCUGCCUGACAUCCACGACACUGGCCCAGAACCUAUGAGCUUAAAAGCCAAUUCUACUUAAUGGCAAAAAACCUCAAAAUAGCUGCUCAGCCGAGGCCGACAGGAAAGCAAGGGGAACAGCGGCGUCUUGAGGGGACUAAGCAUUGCAGGCAAACGUGAGAAUUCUAAUUAAACAAAAGACUUGUGGUUUUCUUUUUGAAUGUGUGAUCUGAUAAACCACCUGUGGUUUGAUUUACUACAUGCAAUUCCUUCCUCAGUUCAACAAUUACUAACCCAGCUGUGACCCUCCUGACCGUCAGAUCUUUCCAUCCUUCUUUGUGCUCAAAUGAUGAAUGAUUUUUCUAUUAUGGCAGCUAAUGGUGCAAAGUGUGAAACCCCACUCAACCAUGACAACUUGGUGUAAUGCUGCUUAGAUUAUGUGCCAUUAGGCAUUGUGCUAUUUUCACAAAUUACAUAUGAGGCAGUAGCAAUACAUUCUUUACAAUGCAGGUCAAUUUAAUGACAAAUGAUGCUGUCAGCACACAUGUGGUGAUGUGUGUCAGGUAAAUGGCUACAUUUCCAGACAAUCUGCAAGGUCCCGUUGACUGAAGAUUGUGUCAUUACACUCAUGGUUUGGACCACAAUAAACAGCUGAGCAUCCCCACUGGAGGCUAUAUAUGGCACAUAUCAAAAAAAGUAUUGAUAAAUGCUGGGGUUUCAUUGCUGAAGAGAAUUUUUAGCUGUUCAAAGUACACAUUUUUCAAUGUAUUCUUAACAUUGCUAUGUUGUGAAGUCACAGAUCUCCCUGUGCUACUCAGAGCAUUUGAAAGCAUCAGUCUCCGCCAUCGAUCUAAUAUCACGCACAGGUAUGUACUAUCUGUCUGUUUCCUGGCUUGUUUUGGCUCUCCAGGACUCAGUGGGAAGGCCCGAUUAGGUGGAAUAAAGCGGCCUGGAGCGCAGUGUUCCAAACAGUGAAUCGCUUGGCACAGUCCUCCUCACAACUCCACGAUCCAAUGACAUCGGGAGAUGCGCGUAAUCAUGCGCGCAGCUGCAUGCACAUCCACUCACACACAGUUCACGCCGCUCUUUGUCGCCCUCGGGCACAACACAGUGCAGCCCAGAUUGAGUUUCAGACAGAGAGCAUGUUACAGGGUAAUUGCAUUGUUAAUCAAUGUCUCUCCAAGCCAAGACAAUGGUCUGGUCUUCACAGUCCGCCUCUCCAGAUUGGCUAUGAGGAAUAUACAGUGGUAUAAUCUUCUAUCAGUGCAUUAUGCAUUGCAUGGAUCCCCUAGGGGGACAUUGUUCCCAGGGAAUAGUCAGGUCACUCAUUUAUUGAUACACUAUUUUUCUUUGCUUCCAAUUUGCUUUUCACUUUGACAGAGACUGACUUAAACCACAAAUGAUCCACUCUUAUAUUACUACUACCAAAUGUGAUCUUCGUCGAGCUUUGCAAUUGUUUCUUGCCUGAAGUAAUUUAGCGCAAUAGAAAAUUAUGCUAAUUUAUGUUGACAUACAAUAUUAUACGUCAUGAUAUAACUUCUAGAGAUAUCAAACAGCAAGAGAGAGCUGUGUCAAAUAUUAGAUUAUGCAGCUACAGGCAAAUGUGAGAUGAAUUAUUCGGCUGAUACUUUUCAGCUUAGUCCUGCAGCUCUGUGCAGUUUGCUUGGGACACAAUCAUCAGACACUAAUCUGGCAUAAUUGGAAGAUAAGGUUCUCUUAGCGAUAUGUCAGGAUAGAACGUGUAAGAAUUAAUUAAGCUUUCACUUUUGGGCAUAGUUACUUGAAUCUGAAAUUGGUUGUAAUACCUCCAGAAUUGACUAUUGGCAUUGCAGUGACAGUAGUUUCAGCCAUCACAGGACUAAACUAACAUUGUACAUGAAAAGGAAGAGUUUCCUGUUUGUUAAGACAAAGCUCCUAUUGGAAUGAAUUUGUUAAAUGCUGUACAGAAACCCUCUGUGACUACCUGCCCCCCAAACCAAUACACCUUGAUACUUUUGGCCUUCAUAGACUUGCAGAUCGUACUGUCAGUACCUGCGUGUCGCCCUGUUAACAGCGUCUGCCGAUUACUCAAAGCGAUACGGGUAGGUCCUGGCUUUAGACUAGGGGUUAUAAAGGUAAUAGGUAGAAUGCCUGCUCUUUGUGAUGUUGACAUAGCCAGGUGCCCUGCUUUAUCGCUUUGUAAAGUAUGUAGUAGUUUAAAAGUUGAAUAACAUAAAAUAACAUAAUAUAAUGUUAUUUAUGUUAUUUCCCACGUGAAGAACUCCUGUAAACCUUGCAGUAUUGAAACUCAGUGAACAAGGCAUCUUAGACAAGCUGAAAAACAAAUGGUGGUACGAUAAGGGUGAAUGUGGAACCAAGGACUCUGGAAGUAAGGUCA